AUGCCGGCCCCGAGCACUGUUGCCGUGCGUGUGCCCUUCUACUACAAGGCUCUUGAGGGCAACACCGAGGUGGAGGCGUGCGCAGAUCGCGCCAGCGCCCCUGAAGAAGCCGUGCUCAUUACCAACGUCUUUGUCGAGGUGGUCGCCUUCGGGACCCGUUUUUUCUGGGUCCACAUCUCGGAGAGCCCCAGGAAUCAAAGCGUGCCCCAACUGGGGGCCUGCAGCGUCGCUGUUGGACUUCAGCUCAGCGGGGAUGGCGGCCGCCUCAGUAUCUCUUCAUCGCAGCUGAUGGAGCUCGAGGCGGCGCACCAGCAGGACAUGCCAGCUGGAACGAACAGCAGCGUGCAGUCUGCCUUCUCGACGAGCCUCAGCCAGCGACUAGUGCGCGGCAUCGAGAAGCAACUGGGUGUCCAGGCGACAGUGUACGUGAACUGUGCCAUCGUGGGAGAGCGGUGUCUCCCGCUGCUGGGCACGGAUGGUGGAGGCGGCUUUGGCAUGACGUUCCAGUUUGGUGCGCUUGUGUACGAGGCGUCGUACCGGCUGAUUGCCCAGCGGUGUGUGUGUGGGGGGGAGGGGGGCGUGAACGCGCUGCGUGAAGAGGCAACGAAAACGAAAGGCCUCGCCAUGGGAGGAGACCCUUCUUGA